AUGGAAGAAGAAGAGCUACAAUUGAAGAAGCAGCUUAGAGCAGCUAAAGCUGAAGAGCUUGCUAGGCGUAAGAAGAAAAGAACGAGUCCGGACGCUGGAACUGUCGACAAGAAGCCACCUCCAAAUUGUGCUAUAUACGUUUCCAACUUACCGCUUGAAAACGUCAAUGAGAGUGACCUUUUCGAUGAGUUUUCAAGGUUCGGUAUCAUAAGGAAAGACCCCGUUACAGAUCAUCCCAAGUGCAAGCUUUACGUCGACGAUCAGGGGAAUUUGAAAGGUGACGCUCUGAUCGUAUACUUGAAGCCUGAAAGUGUGAAAAUGGCAGUAGAGUUCAUGGACGGUGCCAAGUUCAAAGGGACGGAGCUGAAAGUUGAAGAGGCAACAUUCAAGCCGGAGACUAAAAACGAAGACUGGGCUGAAGAAGAGACUACGGAGGUGAAGAAACUGAAACUCCGUAAACUACAAGAGCAGAAAAAUGAGCUAAAUGAUUGGAGCGAUGAGGUAGAAGAAGAAGAAGAAGUAAAGAACGAUGAACACAGCGAAUUAACCAAUGGGUCCACUCCACAAGAAUCAGAGGAUAAAAGUGCAAGAACAACCGUCUUGUCCAACGUGCUCGAUCUGUAUGCAAGACUGAGUCCGUCUGAAAUCUCCGAUAUAGCCCUAGACCUCAAAGAGGGCUGCGAAGCACAGGGCGAAGUAGUCGGGUUCGAGCUCGACGAGGUUUUGGGUCAAGCGAGGGUCGAAUUUGCGACAGAAGAACAUGCACAGAGGUGUUGCAAGACGAUGGACGGUCGAUUUUUCGACGGCAGGAAGUUAAUGGCGUAUACUCUUGACAAAGAGUCCAAGGAUGACGAUAUAGAUAUACAAGAGCUGUGA